GCUUACUGUACAGUUUAUAUACCCAAGUAAACCUCUGUAUAUCCAUUUUUGAGACACAUAAAAACAGAACGAAAGUUUUUUUUAGAUAUGAGAUCAUUUUCUUCCACUUGAAGAAGCUCAUGAGUGGAUGGGAUGAAGGGGGGGCAUCCACGGCAGGGGUGCAUUCUACGUGCAUUCUCCGCAGCAACCGGACCAGAGCGUCUCUGACGUUGCAUAGCAACCGCGUCAGGUAAAAAAGGCUAAACGGAUGUUACUUUGAGCGACACACAAACAUUCACGGUUUUGGGACGUUUUUACGUUUGUUUGAUGGCCAACAUGAAGAAAUCUGUGGUGAGUAAAGCUGUUUAACGAUGUGGAUGUUAGGUUAAACUUGCUCACGUUUGGUUCAUGUUAGUGUUAGUAGCGAAUGUCUUUGGAUAGUUUGUAUUAGGGCCCGACCGUUAUAGAUUUCCUAGUUGUUUUUCACAGAAUCUACUAUUUGUCUACUCUUUGUUUACUUUUCUGUUUGUGUGUGUCUGAGUGUAUGUGCUUUUUGGUCAGACAAGCUUGGCAGGGUUUCAGACACAAAUGAGCAAUUGUACAUUUCAAAAUAACAUCCAACUAACUUUUGUAGACUAAAUUGGACUUCUAGGACAUACUUGCUGCAUAUGUCUGAUUCACUUUAUUCCUCUGUUUUUUCUGCUUACCCUUCAUUCUCUAUCUCUCCCUUUGUGUUUGACCAGGUGGAGGGGCCGCCAGUAGCAGGGGCUUUUCGGGAGCGCCCUUCCGAACCGACCACUUUCCGUAUGUUUUAUGAGCGUGGAGAUUUUCAGAUCAUGGUCGAUCACGGCACCAGGGAAAACCGCAUUAAAUGGAGGGUAGGUACAGUAAAACUUGGCUUAUGCGUAUGGUUUUACAUGCUAUUAAUAACAUGACAAGGUGUGCCAAAUCUGCCAUCAGAGAAUGCUAGGUUCAGGAGUUGGGAUUUGGGAAGGUACUGCCCCUUCCAUUGUAUAACCCUUAUGACAACACACUUAACAGAAGUAUGCAAAGAAAACAAUGCCACACAAAUUUCUGUCCACAGGUAGACAUCGGAACAUCGGACUACCAGCACUUCCUGCCUCUCUUUUUUGACGGCUUGUCAGAAACUGCACACCCAUAUGAGUUGUUGGCUCGCCAGGGAUGCCAUGACCUGCUAGAUCACGGUGGCUCCAAGAUCCUGCCAGUGAUUCCCCAGCUCAUCAGUCCAAUCAGGAGUGAGUGUGUGAGGGAGGGUGAGGGUCACAGCCCGCGCGCAUGCCCUAUGUCUCCGACAAACACCCUCGGCAGACCCUAGAGGUUAUCAACCUGCUUCGAAGACAGAGGGGGCUACAGAUCACAAAGGACACACUGCUUCUUUUCCCUUGAGACAGAGUAUGUGUCGAUGUAUUUUACCUUCACUGAAACCCUUUGACAUUAAUCAGCUGUGGCUACCUCUGAAGACAUACAGUGUUAAUGAUGUUUAUAACAAUUUUUCCUCAAGAUUUUAUUAAUUUAAGCUCAAAGCUGCCACGCUCUGAAGUAAAAUAGACAGAGUGUGCAAAGAUGACGUUAGAUCACUGAAAAUAUGUCUGUAGAUAAAAGUUUUAUUCCUGCAAUUUUCAGGGGUCGAAACACAGCAACGUGUCAUUGAAUGAAAUGCCACGGAAAUCUUAUUAAUUAGCAUUAGUUUUGCAAAUCUUUAAAUAAAAGAUCAUUUUUUUGUGUAAGUGAUUGACAACCAAGUAAUCUUCUCAAUUAGAGGAGGCACAGCCCAAUAUAUUUGCAUAUCAGUAUUUCAUUAUUUGAUAUUUUGAUGACAGCAUCAUUAUGUAUUGAUUACUGUUUAAUGAUUCAGACAUAUCUAUAGCUUACUUUUUCAAAGAUUGACAGCAGUUUAUAGUUUUAUCAGCUGGAGCCUGAAAUAAAGCACAAACUUACACCCAAACCCAAGUUAGAUAACUCAACACAAAACAUCAAGAUAUUAACCUUCCCUCGUCUUGCACCUCAGAUGCCCUGAAUACACGCAACCGCCAGGUGAUGUGCACCACCCUGAAGGUCCUGCAGCACCUGGUGCGCUCAGGAGACAAGGUGGGAGAGGCUCUGACGAGAUAUUACCGGCAGAUCCUCCCCAUCUUUAAUACCUUCAGGAGCAUGAGGGGUAAGGUGUUUUUAGAUUUUGCCUCAAGUGUACAUCCACCCUGCAAACACCCACUCACGCAAUCACCAUUCUUACCCUGACUCCGGGUCACUGCUCAUACCUCGUGUGCAUCAACACAACAUUGUGCAACAGCAGAAGCGGCGCUAACUCGGAAGUAGUUUCAGCUGCUCCUGUCUCUCUACGGGCAGCCUCAUUAAACUUUCAGCUGAACAGUUAAGAACUCCUCUGCUGCUCAGUCCUGACUGGCUGCAGCGUAAGAGUAAAUCAAAUUCAGUCUGUCCAGAGGGUUUGAAGGCAGAUGGAAGCUGGAGUUGGAGUACAAUCUUUGCAGUUUUCUCCUCCUCAUGUUGUCUGCCUCUCUCUCUCUUUCUCUCUGUCUGUUUCUUCAUCUCUAGUCAACCUGGGCGAUGGCUUCGAUUACAGCCAGCAAAAGAGGGAGAACAUUGGGGACCUCAUCGAGGAGACUCUCCAGAUGUUUGAGCGCUACGGAGGGGAGAACGCUUUUAUCAACAUAAAACAUAUGGUGCCUACCUACGAAUCAUGUGUGCAUAAAUGAAUAAACACCCUGUACAUUGACAUUAAGUCUUUGUCAGUCCUUUUUUAUUUGCCCCUCACCUCUGGAUGAAACUUUUAUCUUGUGCCUUUCUCUAUCCAGGCAGAUAUUCAGGGCAGAGAGGCUAUGUUGUGAUACCACCAACCUUAAAGGUGGGGUAGGCAGGAUGUGAGGAAGUGCCAGUUUUUGGUACAUCUUGAAUGUAAACGCUGCUACUGUAGAUGCCAACAGACUACCAGCAAACACAAUGUUUGCAGGACUUCUACAACUAGGAUAAAGUGACAUACUCCAGGACCCGAGGUAAACAGUGUAGCGGCGCUACGACACGCAGCAGGUCCCAUUUGACAAGAAACACUUCUGUUACAGACAAGGCUGUGUCCGAAAUGGCAUACUACUCCUACUACUCCUACUAACCCCGCCUCUGAAUUGAGUAGGCAGUGCGUUCACACUGUACAGUAUGCGAAUUUUGUGUAUGCGAGAAAUGCCCGGAUGUAUACUCAAUCGGCUUCGAUUUCUGAGUGUGGAAUAUUUAGUCAGUACACAUUACACAAUUUUUUAUCAUUUUAUCAUAUUUUGAUCUUUUUACCAGAUUUAUUUGUAUUUUAAAUUAGGAUUAUAGGUAAUGUUUUUAACUAUUUGUAUGAAUUGACUUUAUUUAUUUAAGUGUCUAUUAAAGAUGUAUUUAUUA